AUGACGCGAGCAGCAGCGUGGAGCGCCUGCAACCGGGUGCUGGACGAACGCUGGCACGAGUCUCAGUGGCAGGCGCACCGCGACCGCAUCGAGUUCAUCCAGUCGGCCAGCUCGGUAUCCGCGCAGGCCUUUUCCUCCGCACUCGCAGCUUCCGCCCACCCUCACCGCAUCCACACCAGUCGAGGCAACCGGAGCUCGUCCAGCCCCGUGAAGCUCGUGGCUCGGUCCAAGUCCCCCGCCGCAAAGUCUCGACAGAAGCAGAUCGACCACGACAACCUCGUUCUCAUCAAGAAGAUCAUCGCGCUGGACAACGCUAAAAGCUCCAAGAAGACGAAACCCAAAACUACUCGAAAAUCAUCCCAUAGAUACUCCCAAGCCACCGCGUGCGCUACAGCUCGAGGCCACGACAAGAACACCAUUGCAGUCCCCAAACCACCUCAUUCCAACCACGAAUGCCCCCAACCGCUGCCAGAAAUCCCGCAGUCGGCCGCUAGCCACGCACUGUACACGCGCGCUUCCGCGACCGUGAAGAACAACUUCGUCGAGUACAACGCGCCCACCAUGAUGCACGCGUCGAACACGACUUCGGCGGCUGCGCGCGUGCGAUCCCGAGCUCAGUCGAAGAUUCUGGACGAGAACAAGAAGAUCCUCCGGCGGAUCCUCAGCGCGCGGACGACAGUCGAUCGCUCGGCGCUGCAGCAGCACGAGCAGAAGCACAACCGACUGCUCUCCAUCAUGUCACGGCAUCACUCGACUCAUCUCACGCAGCAAACAACCAAGCCCCGCCCUCGAUCCGCUUCACACGCCUCGUCCAGAACUCGGAUAGCAGCAGCGUAUCCGCAGUCACUUCAUACCGCGCGGAGAAGCACAAGCAGCGAGUCUCUAGUAUCGAGGAUACGGAAGAUGACACUCGAAUCUCAACGCGAUGGCACGUAA